GUUGGUUUUGUUGGUUGUUAUGUAGUUUUUUCUGAAUGUAAAUUUUGUCAAAAUUAUUUUCGAAAAAUUUCAAUUAAAAGAACCGUAAAAUAAUGUCAGAGUCUGAUCAGGAUCCAGUUGAGGUAAUGCUUAAGAAAACGGGUUGCAUUGAAUUACAUUACAAAGUACAGGAGUGCAUAGCUGAGACCGGCGAUUGGCGCAGCUGUCAGGACAAGGUGAAAGAGUUUAAGGAUUGCAUGCAAAAGUAUGUAGAUGCCCAGACUAAAAAGUACGCCCAUUUGAAGUAA